AUGAAGCUAUUCAUUUUUCUCAGGACUCUUCGCUAUUUGUUCCAGAUCGUUGCAUCUUUUGCAACGGAGACAGAAUUUUAUGCUUACACAGUGGUAAAUUCGGAAAUCAGGGAAAAGAUACAAAAUGUGUCAACAUACAUGUACUCUUUAGAUCUUAAGGUUCAGAAUAUGUCUAAGCAGUUCCAUUGGAAUGUCAGCAGCGUGCGGUCAAAGUAUGGAUUCAAAACAUAUUUACAUUUCAAGGAAAAGUAUGAGGUUAAAGCCGAUGAAUUCGCCAAAAAUUUGAACAUGAGCAAAGAAUGUUCACAAUAUGUUGGGCGUCUCCUUGAAGGCAACGAAAAACAUCGGAUUGAGAUAUCAGAAUAUUUAGGUGCUGCUGUAGAUGCUUGGAGGGAAGGAUUGGACAACCUUUACAAAAAAUUUGCGAACAUCAGAGUCAGGUUGGGGACCAUCGAGAUGGAAGCUUGCCGGUGUGCUACUUUUUACGGCUAUAACACAAAAAAGCCCUUCAAUUGUGCCAUGAGAAUAUUGGACAAAGGGAGAAGAAUCGACACUGAUGCCAUGGUCGGAAUCGGAUUAGAUGAGCUCCCACAUAUGGUGGAUACACAAGCUAAUGCACUGACCAAGUUGCAUCGGGCAGUCCGAGAUAAAUCCAUCCCGUUUUUCUAUGACGAAAAGGAAAUCGAUAAUCACCUGGCAAACUUCUGCUCAGGAUAGCAAUAGACUGCCGCAAGUGUUCAUGCAGAGAGAAGGAUGAUCAUCAUUAUAUUAAACAUUUAAU